AUGGCUUUGAUAGCGACUGAUCAGGGCUGCAAACUGAACGGGACGUCGGCGAUUUACGGCAGAGUCGGACCGAGAAGAGAAGUUUUACACGGUAAAUCCGAAAGCUUUAGAAGUGUUAAAAUGCAGCCGAAAGAGACGGACUAUUCAACAGAUGGUCUGCCCAAAGCUUUCCUGCACAGCCUGAGGACUCUCUUUGACAUCUUGGAUGACUCCGGACGAGGGUAUGUCCACAUCUCCGAGAUAGAGAGCCGCUGGCAGGGCGCAGACACCCGGGACUUGCCCGGCGGGGUGCUGAACUGCCUCAGGAGGGUCACCCCACCACAUGGCUGCCUCACCUUUGAGCGUUUCGUGGCGGGGCUGCGGUACUCCAUGCUCAACCCGGAGAACAGCCAACACUUUAAGGCCCAGGCUGCUGUCCCCCCUCAGCAGACCUCCAAGCAGCAGAAACCCGCCCCGCUGUCCAAAUGCAGUGUAGGAACCCGGGUGGAGAACAAGGUUCGCCCGCUGGGACCGAGCAAUGUGACAAACACCCAGCAGCACCGGUCGUCCUCUCUGCAGAGCCGGGGCAGACCGGAGGAGGGGCCCGGGUACCCUGCAUGUGGAGCAGGACAGUACAACGCGGGCUACGAGAAGUCCGGGCGGAGUUUGGAGCGGAAUCCAGGAGCUCCAGGGGGCGGGUGUUACCGAGCCGACCCGGGCCAUCCCAGCAAACCCACACAGCCCCAACAGAGCCGAGUCAGGUCCAUUGAGUCGCUCGCUCUUGAGUCACCGCAGGUCCAAGGACCAAGUAAGUGGAGCUGUGAGUGUAAACAAGACCUGUGCGUGUGUGUGUGUGUGUGUGCAUGGUCAGUAAAAAAAAGUAACACUACACAACCAGAACAGAACCAGAACUAAAAACACACAGGGGAGAGUGGGGUAAGAUGAGCCAUUUUCAUGUUUUAGAUCACUACAUCAAGGCAAUCAUAGUUUUGUCUCCAGUGUAUCUGCAUGUAUUUCAAGAUGUUGUGCAUCCCUGCAAACCAACAGACUGAGUGUAUGGGGUAAGUUGACCAUAGGAUCAGGGUAAGUUGAGCCGCAUCCCUACUAUCCCCAACUCUCCACCCCAGCCCUCCUUCACCUUCUCUCUCCCUAAAUAACAGUCACUUCUUAACAUUCAUGUGUAUUUUUAUCGAUUAUACACUUUCCAACUGGUACAAUAAUUCUUUUCAUUAUUAUUGCAUAUAACUGCUAAAAAGCUGUUUGUAAAUAGCGAUUUUAACACGAGAAUGUCUUUAAGUGAUUCAGAACAUUCACAGCUGUAUUUUUGAAAAGAAAAAGUAAAACAUUUCAACAAUCUGAAUUGAAACUCUGAUCCUCUCAUCAGACUUCUUUACUAAUUAUCUUUUUUUAGUCUGAACACAAUUCUCAUAAAACUUAUGACAGACUAAAUUCACUCUCAAGAGUGAAAAAUGUUUUUUUGUAAAUAAAUGUCUAACCCCUUCACCCAUGUGCUUCUAACCUUCACAGACUCCAUGAAUUGAUGCCCACCUCCUUAAUAUUUUGUCACAUGAUCGAUUUCUUUUACCAUUUCCAAGCAACAGGGGGUGGCUCAACUUAGCCUUUGGCUCAACUUACCCCACUCUCCCUUAAUAGUCAUUAACUUAACAGUAACAUCAACAACACUCCAUGUAUGAUGCUGUUGCCUGAAAGUCUCACACCUCACAACACAAUAUUCACCAGCUUUCCAAGAAUCAGUUGUUAAAAGUCCAGUUUUUCUUGGCUGGCAAGUUAGCGAAAAAAAAUCUUUAAUUUACAGAAAGCUAAAAAAGAAAAUCUGCUCAUCCCAACACCAAAGAAAAGCUUGAUCAGCAAUUGCUUUGGCCUUUCAAAGCCUCAUGAAAAAUAGUCAAAUAAUGUUUUCUUGACUGAAUAUUGAUCUGAACGCAAAAAAAAAAUGAGUAAAUGAAUAAGAAGUAGAGCUGUUGUUGUCCCUUUAUAACACAACUCUUGAGACUGUAAUCCCAUGGGCAAGCCUUUGACUGCAUGCAUAGCUGAACUGAUAUGUUCACAGCAGUCUUGCCAGCUUCGAUCUCGUAUUCAAAUAGAAUUAAAUGCAGUGAUCCGUGUAGUAAACACAAAUGCAGAGAGUGUGCAGAGUGCAGCAUGUUUGGAUUUGUCAUCCAGAGGGAGGCUUACAAAGUAAAAGCGUGUAACUUCAGUGGAAAUCUUUUCUGUCAACACUUAUUGUUGGCUACACACGUCUCAGGUGUCAGCUUGAUGUCUCUGGCUGUGUUUUAGGGUCUCUGCUGCAGCAAGGCAAGCCCAGUUGAAUAAUUGCCGUUGUUAACCCCAGGCCAGGUUAAAGGUUGUGUCAGAGACUCCUCCAGAAAUGUAUCUUUUUUUUGGAUGGAUGAAGCACCCUGACCUGGCCCCUCUGACAGAAGAGCGUGUACUGGUUAGUAGUAUAUGAAAGUCCCAGUUCGCCUGCCUCAUUAUCUUGAUCAUACAUCCAAACUCUCGCUCUCCUACGAACUCAUUCCUGUUCGGCUUUCUCUCGCAAUCACACAAGAGCUCUGUCACACAUCUCACACACGCACGCGAUCAGAGUGUGUCCGAGCUCGCCUGGUCUCAGUGCAGUCAGGCCUGUCUGGAACUAUAAGAGUGACAGUCUUGCACUUUCUCUGUUGGGCCCUUGGGGCUCUCUUACAUCACUUGCACUAAACUAAACACAGUACAGUUUUUCUGUUCAGUUGGAUUAAGAGUGGAAGGAGAGGUUUUGAUCCACCUUUUCCCUCCGUUAUAGUAAUACCUAAACGAGAAAACUGUCAGAUUUCUAUUUAGUAUGAAAAAAAUAAACAAUAUUAGGGGAAAAGCUCUGUUGUGAACAAGUUUACUCUCUUCAUGAUGACCAAACGCUCUCUGCUGAUCGUCAUCAAACAGUCAUUGUUUUAGACAAGUUAUGGCCAUUACUGACAAUGGUACUGACGUACUGUUCCUCCUACCAGUGUCGACAAGUUUGACAAAAAUGUUCCUUUAAAGAUCAAACGAUUAAAAAUCGCUUGUCUUGUUUCGUCACAUCAAGUGAGACAGUCAGUGUCUACACUCGAGAUCAAUCAUUGUGUUGUUUUAACAUUCAUAUGGGCUGAUAUUUGCCCUGUUGACUCAUAUUAGCAAAUAAAGACCCAUGCAUCAAUGUAAGUUGCUGAGGUUUACUGGUAGUUUUGCUUCAGUCUAAAGCUGGAAGCUGGUAUACCCGACUGCUGAUUCAGCUGCUGGACAUGCUUUGAUUUGUCUUCACAGUCAAACGAGAGAGAAAGCGUCAGUAGUGUGGGGGCUUUAGGGUGUCUCUGAGCAAGACCUGCGACAUUCAUUAGUAAUAGGGUCCGACCGAUUUAUCGGCAAGCCGAUUAAAUCUGCCAAUUUUAGCCUGUUUGACACAAAUCGGUAAUCAGCCAAAACUCAAUGAUUUUCGACGAUAUUUUCAGAAAAAAAAAAUGCAGAGAAUAAGAUUAGGUUUCACUUCGAAAAUGUACCGCCAUUUGAAAAGAUCCCCCGACUUAUCCUGUAGAUGGCAGCGACCUCGUGACAAUCUUCAUCCAUUAGUUGAAAACUCUUUUCUGGUCCGAGUUUGAUCAGUCGGUCUUCCUGGCGGCGUGAAGAGCAAUAGCCUACAGUCUACAGCAUACUUUAUACUGUAUAUAUUUUUUAUAACUUAAUAAAAAAUGUUAAAAAUUCAGGCGAUUAAUUAGUAAUCAGACCCCCCUCCCAACAAUCGGCAUCGGCCCCAAAAAAUAUCUGUCAGGCCCUGAUUAGAAAGACGUGUUUCAGUGACAUUUUAAGAUAAUCGGCAAACUACAGGCAACAAUUAGGGUUUAUCAGAUCUCAAAGCUGGCUUAAAAAACAGAAAGAGACUUCUUUCAGCUGAAUUGUUGUUUUCAACAGCAGUAUCUGUAUCUGAUUUUCAGAUUUACUGAAAAGCUUGAAUGAUUUAAACGCUUAAAUGUUAAAUCUUACUAAAUCUUGGAUUUUAGGGGUUGUAAACCAGCAAAAAUCUGGCUUUGUUGAUGGCGUGAAUAGUUUUUUACAUGUUUACUUGAUGAUACAUAUGGUUAGAGGAAAGACGGGCUUGAAAAUAUUGUUAUAUUCACUCUACAACCACUGGGUCAAUGACUGAUCCAAUGACAGCGCCCUUAUGUUCUGUCUCUGUCAGUUUUCUAACCCCCUAAAACUCACCCCAGCAUCAGGUACUCUUGUUGCUAAGUGAAAGCAAAGUCCUGCAGAGUGUUUUCAUAAUGUUGUGAGAAGCUUUACACAGAGGUGGACACAUUACUUUUGGCCGCAUAACGAGACCGUUCUGUAAUCUCUCACAUGCAGCCAAACCAUGCUGGAUAAGCCAGAUUACAGCAGAGAGGCCAGGGCUCGCUAGAAAAUGGUGAAAUCCUACCCAUCAGUGCAAAGUCCCGGCAGUGGUGUGCACUUUAGUCUAAAAAUGUCAUCAAAAUAAAUCCUUUAGUUUAGCACCAAAACUACCAGAAACACAUCAGUAAACAAACAUACUGAUGAACUUUCUUUCACAUCAGAACAUCUGCUUUGUUAAAGUCGCUCUGCUUUUCAUCAGGGUUGGAGUUGGACGUUCAAAUGUCUGAAACACAUAAAGAGCCAAAAAAUAUGAAUAAAUACUGGUUUUGAGUUGAAGUUAAAUGUAAUUUGAGAUAUUCUUGGUUAUAAACAUGCUCCUGUGUGCUACAGUAUGUCCUUCUACUUUCUUCAGUGUAGAGGGUCUGCAUUAUGGUGUAAAGUACAGUUAAUAAAUGAUCCGUUUCUAUAUGUUCAUGUAGCUUCCUGCUACACUGAUUUUAAUGGUGUGAUUGUUUUCAGUGUGCUCUGUGCUCUGUUGAUAAUAACACAUGCUGAGCACAGCUCCCUCCUGUGGCGUACACCAACAGCCCGAGUGCUCUAUCACAGUGGUUCUCAAGUCCAGUCCUGGAGGCCCACUGUCCUGCAUGUUUUGGAUGUUUCCUGCUCCAACACACCUGAUUCAAAUGAUCAGCUCGUUAGUAAGCCAUUACAGAGCUUGAUAACGAGCUGAUCAUUUGAAUCAGGUGUGUUGGAGCAGGGAAACAUCCAAAACAUGCAGGACAGGGGGCCUCGAGGACUGGACUUGAGAACCACUGCUCUAUGAGGACUCAGCUCAGUCUUUUUUCACUCAUGGAUGUGAACAGUGUUUUGUCCAUUUAUACAUGAUUUCACACUGUUUCCAUUAAGGCUUGAUUUAAAACGUGUGACUGAAAAGGUUUAAAGAAAAGCGCUGCAUAAAUCUGCAUAAAUAUUUGCCAAAUGUGUCGAAGUGUUUAAAGAAAAUGCGCUCGGACUGUUUGUGUUUGAAUUUGAACAAACGCCAAAAAAAAAUCUGCUGUAAUUGCUGUUGGAAGAUCUGUGUUGCCUGUCUUGUCUGCAAACUUGGCAGAAGUUCUCAUUUUAGAUGAAUGCAGUUUGACAGUUUGGGUGUUUCCAUCUGAUGAAGGAGAAAUAACACUUAUACUAACAUGUCAAUGCAUGCCCACUGUGGAAACCCAUCUUUACCCUGUUCUUUUCUGCUACACCUCUGAAAAACAUACAAAUGGACAUACGGUCAGACCUCUGCUCUAAAUAUGAGCACAUUUUUAACAACAUUGUGUUAUGUCUAUGUUUUUUUUUUCUAUCUUAAGUUCCACAGUGUUUUUCUCUUCCUUUUACUGCAGCCAGUAAACUGCAGGAAUAACAGAGAGCAUACCAGACCCCAGUGUCGUGCUGAAUUGGACUCAGUCUGCCUGUUUCACAUUUGUUUAGGUGGUGUUGUGAAAUCCGGUUUGCCAAGAUCCCAGAGCGAAUCUGCAACAGGAUUUUCAGGCGGCUCCAGGCGACACGGGCGGAGUCGGGAAGAGCAGAGGCGGCAUACCAUAUCCAACGGCGUGGAUUAUGGGAUGGUUGGUACACAUACACACACACACACACACACUCUCAAAGUGAUCCUACAAAGGGUCCCAGAGGUCUUCCCAAAGAUGUCAUACAUUCAGUGGCGGACACUUUAUUUGUUCCUCAAGUGUACAUACUGUAUUUGAUUAUAUGACUGCUUCAGCAGCAAAGCAGGUCAAAGGUUGAUGAUCUCACACACAAAGUCAGAUCCACCUAGUUUCUGUGAAAGUGCGUGUCUGUCAGAGUCUUACUCACAACUUCAAAGUACCUAAAAUAUGAACUUAUGCUCGUGCAGGUAAAAAAACAAACAUCUUUAAAGUCAGUGCAAACUUUUUAAAGCGGUGUGUACCUUUAGAUUAAACCAGUGAGGCUCAUACUUCGACUAUAAGAGAAUAAACCCAGACCAUGUGUGGCUGAUUUAAAAAUAAAAAAGACUUUCUACAGCUUGAAAAUGUUUCAACAGAAUAUGUUUGCAGUUAGUUGGCUAGUCUGUGACUUUGUUUUUGGAGUCAUUACUUCACUCCAGUCUGCUGGAAUAAAACGUCUUUUCCAUCAGAUACAUCAGCCUGUAUUUAUUUUAUCUGAUUUUUUCCAUUCUGUUCCUUCUUUUUUUCUUUUAGUUUUUUUUUUUAGUUUUUUGGUCUUUGUUAGAUUGGAAAGUUUAAGUAGGGAGAAAGCAAAGUGUUGGUGCUGGAAUUGGAAUCUGCGUUUGCUGCAAUCAGGACUACAGCCUCUGUGUUGUGCAAGAUCACACCAAAAAUAAGCGAUCUGGAAGUUCACUUCAUAUACUUCAUAUUCUACAUUUUCAGUAGGGAUGCACUGAUCCGAUAUUUGGAUUGGGUAUCAGCUCUGAUAUUUACAAAUUAACUGGAUUGGAUAUCUAAUGAAUGAUGCCGAUCCAGUGUUCUGAUCCAGUCUUUUUUAUAAUAUUAUUCAUAAACAAAUUUAUUAUUUGUUUAUUAAUAAUAUUCAGUAAAUUUAAAAGUGUUCAUUUGUUACUUUUUUUUUAACAAGGCUAAUGUCAAGUCUGAUGCCUUCACUUUACAGGGCAAGGUAUACAGUAUACAGGUAUACAGGUAUGUAUUCAUUCAACAGUAGUAUUGGAUCGGUAUCGGAUACACUCAGUCCAGAUAUCGGUAUCGGAUUGGAUCGGUAAAAAAUGGAUCAGUGAAUCUCUAAUAUUGUCAGAACUCUAAUUUUGACAUAUCAGCUACAAAUAUCAGUUAUCGGUCUCUUUGACUACUGAAAAUCGUCUCUAAAAACCCAUUAUCAUUCAGCUUCAUAAUCAGUUGGACUAUUUUCAGGAGACAGUGUUAGAAAAAAGCCUGUUGUUGGUGUCUUGUGUUAAAGAAAACUGAUGUUUUUGUUUGUUUUUGCUGCUGGCCUGUUUGUCGAUAUUUUCUCUGAGACUGAAAGAUGAAAAAUCAUGAGUACAGUCUGUUUUUGUGUGAUCAACACCUAACGGACUGCUGCUGUCACUAAGUAAGGAGAUGUAUUUAUUUAGACUCUGGAGUUCUUGGAAGUAAACUUUGUCCUUUUAAAGUAACAGUGAGUAACUUACAGUCUUUGUUAUGAAAGUUCGACUGUCCAUGGAGGAUAUGAAGGAAAUAUUUUGUAUUUGGUUGAAAGCUGAAAUGGGAUUUCUAGUACAGGCUCCUCUCUGUUUCACCUUCCAUUGGCCCCCACAUUCCCCUCCCACCCCUCAGCCUGCUGCCUCCCCUCACUCUGCCCCGUUCUCUCUGCCCCUCCCACCCUCCAGUAGGAGCUCAUGCCUGCCUUCACUCUCCGUCUCUCACCCCUGCCUCACCAUUUCUCACUUUCUCUUCAGCUCGCCUCCUCUUCCUCUUCCUUUCCCCGUUUGUCGCCGUCUCCGUCUCCUUACCCUCGUGUCUGGAGAGGUUGACUGACCGACUCCCCUCCUCCUCCUCCUCCUCUUCCCUCCCUCCCUAUCCCCCCUCCUCCUCCUCCUCCUCCUCCUCCUCCUCCUCUUCCCCCCUUCCCCUGCCGCCCUCCCACCCAGGCCGACUUGGCCCACUGCUGCCCUGAUGGUAGUGAGCCGGGUCGGGCCCAGGGGCCUGGUGGAAGUAGAGGACUCUCUCGGGCAGUCCGGCCCAGCCUGGACGGCUGUGUGGGCUGCUUACACCACCGUCUUCAUCCCCCUCAGCAGCAGCCUGUACAGCACCAAGGCACUGCACUUUUUCCUCUGGGUGAGUAGGACAGUCCGAGAAGAGAGGAGAGGCUUGUUAUUUCAGGAUUUGAAGAUGUGCAUCCAGUCGUUUGAAGUAAGGAUUUUGUUGCGCAGCUGGGAUUGAAAGGUUUUUUGUUAAAGAGGAGACAGAAUCAGUCAAGUUGUGAAAGUUUCAGAUGUUAAAAAUGAGUUUUUUUGCUCUAAUUUGUUAUUUUUUCAACUUGAUGUAAGUGUGAGAACAAUUUUUGAGGUAUAUUCAGCAAAAGUAUCUUGUGCGAUGUCUAGUGUCGCACUUAUGUUGAUUUAGGUUGAACAUUUUUGAAUAAAGGGUGGCUUUUUGUGCAAAACAAGUGAAUCAAAGAACUUUUGGUGCACUUUUAAAUGUAUUUUUUUUCAGGAUAUACAAAAUAGGAUUAAUUUGAGGACCUUUUUUAAAGCUCUUGCCUUUAGAGCUUUUAGUUUAGGUUUGUAGUGCAAGAAUUUGAUAAGUCAUUUGACAGAGUUUUAGGAGCCAGAUUAGAUCAAGUUGAUUUUUGGAAAUGUGAUAUUAAACACAGACAGUCAGUAUCUGAAUAGUCAGGCAAAAGAGGAAAUUUUAGGUUUAGAUUAAACAAAUUCUUGAUAUUUAUUCACCUCAAGAUAAACUGAAAAUAAAGUUAGUUUGUAGUUAAAGCCUUGAGUUGUUCUUGUACGAGGGUCUGUUGAACCUCUUGGCUCCUGUUGAACCGCACAGCUCCCAUCACCACUUUGUACAUGCAGUUUAAAAGCCUGUUAUGAUGUUCUUUGUGUGUGCGACGGCUGCCAUGUCAUUGUAUCUGCUGUGUGUAUUCAUGCGUGUUCGUUCCGCGCACACACACAAACACAUACAUGAACUUUUCCAUUACCUCUCUCUCUCUCUCUCUCUCUCUCUCUCUGUGCUCCCUCCUCUCUGCUCUCCUUUUCUAAACACCGGGGUUUUCCUGCCUGUGGACCAUCACACAUUCAUGCGGGCUGACACCAGGUCAUGCUUUAUUCUAAACACGGACCCUGCCCCUCCUCCUCCUCCUCCUCCUCUUCUCCCCUAAAAACCCCCUCUUCACCUCCUCUUCUUGUGUACACUUUCUUCAGAAGGAGCACGGAAUAUGUUAAACAGGGUGGGUUUUCUUGAACGCCCCCUUUGAGCGACACAUGCUGCGCGAGCGAGUGUGUGUUUCAAACUUUGCUGAUGAGCGAUGAUCAGAGGAAUGCACUGAGCCACACGGGGGCCGCAGUGAUGGAGCGAUAGCUGGAUAGAAAGAUGACACACCAGGUGGCUGAAUGCCAGCAGCGAGGCCUGUGACUCUGUGUGUGUGUGUGUGUGUGUGUGUGUGUGUGUGUGUGUGUGUGUGUCUGUGUGUUUGUGCUGCCUGGACAGCCUGGUCAGCACAACUCAAUGCAGACACAAACACACACACUCUUUCCCUUUCAAACACACACACACACACAGGGUCUGCCAUAGUUGAAGUGGGUCUGCUGUUUACCCCAUUCUUAGGUUGCUGCGCGGUUGCCAUGGCGCCGGACUGAUUGCUCCUCUAAACAUUGUUCAGGAUGGGAGAGAGUCCUGCACAAUUGGUGCGGCGCCAUUGUCUCCGUCUGCACAAAAGAGUGUUCUGCAGAUGCCCAUGUGAAAAGAUGGGAGUUCGUCGGCCCCGCAGGCUGAAAUCAAUCAUUCGAUUAAACCUUGGCAGCGAUCAGGACGCUCAUUCACUGAAGGGAUGAGUAAUAAACAUAAGGAAAUGGUCUUUUCCAGUCUGUGUGAGAGAUCAAGGACUGACUUUUAUUUUUCCACUCUUUCCUUUUCCUGUCUCCCCCCCUCCUUUUCAUCCCCCAACACCCUCCCCUGCUCUCUGACUUUGAACCCACACAGUUGAAACAAAUGAAAGAGCUGGAGCAGGAGAAGGACUCCCUGCUGGCGGGCCUGGAGGUGGUGGAGCGGGCCCGAGACUGGUACCAGGUCCAAAUCCACAAUGUCACAGAGAGACAGCGACAGGUCGGCCAGAGCUCACACUGCACGGUCAGUCCGAGGCUUUUGUCUCAGCUGUUCAGGAGCAUGUAUAUUUGGAUUUGUCUGACAUUACAAGGUGAGAGGAGACUCCUACAGUUCCAGGACAGGGUCAUACUAGGAAGUCAGCACUUGGUCAAUAAUACAAACACUAGAUGAACCAUGAUUUGUUGACAGGCGUGUAAAUUCUAAUAGAAGUACUGGAACUCUGCAGCAGAUUUCAGCGUCUGCUCUAUAGACCUAGAUUUACAUCCUUUCUUAAAAACAGCCACUGAUAUUGACUGCUGUAAAACAUAUUGGAUUCAGAUUUUUUCCAGAUUUUUUUUCAUAUAUCUCUUAAUUAACUUCUGCUCUAUUCAAAAUAAGUAAAUGUUUCAUCAAGAAUCCAAAUUUUAACCCUCUAAGGACCCAUUUAAAACGUAAAGUCACUAAUAUUGGGGAAAAAAUGGGAGGAAAAUGACAGAUUUUUAUUAGAUUCAUUUUCUACCAUAUCAGUGACAUUAUGUUUUGAAUGUUGAAUGUUUUUAGAUGAAACAUUUACCAGUCUUGCUCAAAGCAAAAAUUAAUUAAGAUAUAUAUGAAAAAAAAAUGGAAAAAAAUAUUAACCCAAUGUGUUUUUACAGCAGUCAAAGUUAGUGGCUUUUUUUUAGCCACUGAGCGUUAACAACGAAUGAAAAUUUGUCCAGCGCGUAUUUUUGACCUGGUGAAAGUUUUGAAGUCAUAUUCUCAAAGUGUCCAUCAAUAUAAGCAUCUGCACAAAAAAUCAUCCCAUUUGCUGCAGUAAAAAAAAAGUUACGUGGAAAUUAGUGGCUAAAUUUCUUCCCGAGUGUCUGAUUUUAGCCUCAGCGUUACACAAGGACAAGAGAGCGCUUUGUGUCCACCUCUAAAGUAAAAUUUAAGUCAAACAGGGUUAAAGAGAAAUCCUUGUGAUUGUAGAAAAAUGAAACAGAUCAACAAGUCUGAAAAACACAUACUCAUUAAUUUUAAUAUCUGCAGUGUCUCAGGUUAGCUCUGAUCAGACAAACACACUAUUGUGUUUUUGGCUGGAGAGAAAUCCAUGAUGGUGGAGAUUAGGGGUGGGAGAGAAAAUCUAUUCACAUAAGUAUCGCAAUUUUUUGUUUUAACAUUUUGUAAAUCAAUUUUUAAGUUCAGAAAUCUAUUUUUUUUUUUCCAAAUUUAAGAAUAAAUGUUAAAAACUGAACUACAUGUGAUGUGUAUUUUGGUGGAAAAUAUUGUUCCUGGAAUAGUCAGUAGACAAUCAUGAUUAUUCAACUGUUUUACUGGUGUUAAAAAUGUAGACUAAAAAAUCGAGAAAACCAACAAUAUCGUAGAAUCGCAAUUUAAAUCGAAUGGGCAUCCAAAAAAUUGUAGACGAAUCGAAUCGGGAGAAAAGCAUAUCGUCCCGGCCCUAGAGGAGAUUCAGUUGCACUCAAAUCAACAUGGGGCAGAGGCAUUUUGUGUUACGAUUUGUAUCUGUUUAGCAAUUUGUUGUGUUUUCUUAUUUGUUGUGUUUACCACCUCAAGGCCACCGCAGGAAGCCUUUGGGAUCUCCAUAGAGGCUUCUUUUCUCUUCUUUGUCAAAGAUGUUCAUAUAACCAAGAAGAAGCUUUAUUUAUUUUUAGUUUCCUGAGACACUUGUGCCUCAACUGUUUCAUUUAUGGUAUCUUUAUGUGAUUUAAAGCUCCUCUAAGGAGUUUUGAGCUGGUUAUAAAAAAGGCUGAAAUAAAAACAGUGAGUCCUCCAAAUGACCCACAAACUCACAAAAAGAUAAAACAGUUUAAUUCAUGAAAAUAAGAUUUGUGAUUCCAGAUGUAACUCUUUCCAAAUAUUAUCCCCACAAGUGCAGUUGUCUUAUGAUCGGGGCUGUUUUAUACUCAGACUGACAUGAAAGUGAACGAAAUUUUUUUCUCCUCUAGUUUUUACAUUUUUCUUUUCUUUCUCUCUGUCAUUUAAUAUGUUCUUUGUUUUCUCUGCUCUCUCUCCUCUCAGGAUUUCUUCACAGAAGCCAGUCAGAGCCGCAUGAAUGUUCUCAUCCCCAAACUGCAAGAAGUCAACCGCUGCCUUAACGACCUUAUUACCUGCACUGGGAUGGUGAGUUUUGCCUGUUGAUGCAGCUCUAGUGAGACCAGGAGAUGGGGUGUAAAAGAAAGAGAAAAAUCACGGGUACCAAAGCUCAAAUUAUUGUCAAGAAAAAACACAUUCUGUACCCUAAACUGGGUGUUUGUGACGACCCUCCCUAACGUUGAUGUUUAAAAUUGUAUCUGUGUCCGUCUUUGUUCCUCAGCAGUCGUUUCCUUCCAGCUCCGCUCCAGCAGCAGCACUCUCAGCUAACUCCCAGCUUCCAGGUCCGGCUCCUCCACAGGCCAUCCAGAGACUGAAGGACCAGAACCGUCUUCUCACACAGGUUUGACCCAGUUUACCACACUUAAAGGUGACAGGGCUUUUUCAGCAGUUGCCCUUAGACUCUGGAACAGUUAACCAGGUCAUAUUAGAGCCUUGCAGACCCUAGGGACUUUUAAAUUCAUCCUUAAAGACCCACGUUUUCCCGCUUGCAUUUCAUAAAUGAGCACACACUAAUCAUAGGCACGGUAGCUUUUAUUCUUUUACUGUCUGCAUUUUAUUUAGGGCCCGACUGAUAUGGAUUUUUUGGGGCCAAUGCCGAUUAUUGGGGGGGGGGUCGGAUUACCGAUUAAUGAGACGAUUUUUUAAAAUUUUAUAAAAAGUUAUAAAAAAUACAUAUAAACUGUAGAUUUCUACAGUAUACUAUAUACUGUAGGCUACUGCUCUUCACGCCGACAGGAAGACCGACUGAUCCAACUCGGACCAGAAAAGCGUUUUCAACUAACCGCCCACUCGCCGAUCGGUGCCUCCGCGUCUUAACUCAUGUUACACAUUUCCGGUCUGGUCUCAUCUGGAGACAUGCAGCUGCCUCAGUAAGAGAAGUAGCUCGAUCACGUAAUGUGUACUCUUGUUUAUUCUAUCAUUAUUGGCACGGUUAACAGGGUAGCAAGGCUAAUAGCAGAUGGCUAACUCUAACUUUAGCUUGCAUAUUACAUAGUGCUUCACCGUUAACUCGGCGUGACCGAGACCAGCACAGUGCUGAACAUCCUGAAAUGGGUUGAACUGAAACUUGUUGAAUUAUUGCGUUUUUCACAAACUGGUUUAUUUACCGUUGAGGCGGACCACUCUCCUCCAGGAUUGUCAUGAGAUCACUGCGCCAUCUACAGGAUAAGUCGGGGAACUUUUCAAAUGGCGAAACAUUUUCAAAGUGAAACCGAAUAUUAUUCUCCGCAUUUUAUUUCAGAAAAUAUCGGCGAAAAUCGAUGAUUUUUGGCCGAUUAACGAUAAGUCUCAAACGGGCUAAAUUUGGCCAAUUUAAUCGGCUCACUGAUAAAUUGGUCGGGCCCUAAUUUUAUUCCACUAUUUUAAUUUUAAUGUUUUAUUGUUAUCUAUUUAUUUACUUCUUUUAUUUAUCCCAUGUACAGCCCUUUUUUUGACAGCUGUCUUUUAAAGGUGCUUUAUAAAUAAACUUGACUUGACUAGACUUGACUUAUUGCUCUCAUCAGGUUUUACUUCUGGCUUCACUUACUCACUUUGUUUCUCCUGUCUUACUCAGGAGGUGACGGAGAGGAGUGAGCGCAUCGCCCAGCUGGAGCAAGAGAAGUCGGCCUUGAUAAAACAGCUUUUCGAGGCUCGAGCUCGAAGCGCCCAAGACACCAGCACCAUGGACUCCACCUUCAUCUGA